UUUGUCUCCUAAAGUGGUUAGCGCGGUCGAGCGUCGGUGCCGGGGGGAGCGGGCCGCCAUGCUCUCUCACGCCGACCUGCUGGACGCUCGCCUCGGUGAGUUGUCGUCACCAAACUCCGGUCUUCAACUCUACUGGAUGAAGGACGCGGCCGCCGAGCUGCUCGGACACAGGGAGGCGCUCAAGUGUCGGCUCGGAUCGCCGGACCAGGGUCACUCCGCGGAGCUGGGACCCGGUCCGGACGGAGUGGAGGGAGCGACCAUGCUGCCCGGAGAUGAGAUCAACUCCGGAGGAGGCGCGGGAGGAGGCGGCGGCGGCGGGGCCUCGAACCCGGUGCAGGUGAAGGAGCAGGACAAGCAGCAGCAGAACAGCAACCAGAACCAGUCCGGAGGAGGCUCGCAGAAACAGAAGCGGCACCGGACUCGGUUCACUCCCGCGCAGCUCAACGAGCUGGAGCGCAGCUUCGCCAAGACCCACUACCCGGACAUCUUCAUGCGGGAGGAGCUGGCGCUGAGGAUCGGUCUGACCGAGUCCAGAGUGCAGGUUUGGUUCCAGAACAGGCGCGCCAAGUGGAAGAAGCGCAAGAAGACCACCAACGUGUUCCGCGCCCCGGGGACGCUGCUGCCCACGCACCACGGCCUCUCGCAGUUCCCAUCCGCGGCGGCGGCAGCGGCGGCCAUGGGCGACAGCCUGUGCUCCUUCCACGCCAACGACACCCGCUGGGCCACGGCGGGCAUGCCGGGGGUGUCGCAGCUGCAGCUGCCGCCGGCGCUGGGCCGCCAGCAGGCCAUGGCCCAGUCCCUGUCCCAGUGCAGCCUGGGCGCCGGACCCCCGCCCAACUCCAUGGGCCUGUCCAACAUGUCGUCCAACGGCUCGGGCCUGCAGUCGCACCUGUACCAGCCCACCUUCCCCGGCAUGGUCCCGGCCUCCCUGUCCGGACCCACCAGCGUCAGCGGCUCCCCGCAGCUCUGCAGCUCCCCGGACAGUGACAUGUGGCGGGGCACCAGCAUCGCGUCCCUGCGCCGCAAGGCUCUGGAGCACACAGUGUCCAUGAGCUUCACCUGAGCCGGACCCGCCACUGACUCAAUCACGGACCAGAGGGGGCGCUGUUUAACACUUUCACCGAGCCACGUUGAGUCGAAGGUGUGAUUUAUGAGUUCGCAUGUGAUGAUUUGUUUUUUUGCUGGGCCGCACAGGGACUUGGACCGGUCACGAGAUGAUGUUAAAAUGUUUGUGAACUGGCGCACGUCCAAACUUUUUGUUAACGUCAUUGUCCAUCCAUUUUGAAUGAGUUAUUUAUGACGAGUCAGGACUCGAGCUUCAGUUCCGCUGGACCUUCCACACACCUUCCUCCUCCAGGGCUGCGAAAAAGACGCUGGAUUUCUAUGUGUUAAUUUAUCAGCUUUAUUUAUGUUCUAUUUAUUCUCAAGCAGAUCUGUUCGUGUGUAAAAAAAAAAUGCCACCGUUAAUAAUGAUUGAGAUAAUCAGAUCCAGGGAGCGCGUGAACGCAGGAUUUCUCACGGGUCCUUAUUACAACUGCAUUAUCAAAAGGUAUCUAAAGGUUCGUGAUGCCUACAAGACACAUGACAUAUUGCUCCUCUGCUCGUGACGUUAUGGUGCAGAUGUUGCCAGCGACCGUUUGUCUGACAAAACAACGGCACAUUCUGCGAGGAGCUGCUGUACCGUCAUGACUGGAGUAUUGGAGCAGUGCAACUUUGCAAGGUUCACGCCUUGACUUCAUCCUCAUGAGUUUCAUCAUCGAUAUUUUCGCGACAUAAAAUCCCCGAUGAAGAACCCGAUUUUGGUUUAGCACCAUAACUGUCGUUACACUUUGAUAUUUUCCAAUCGUUGUUGGGUUUGUUCUGUGAAUCUGAAGACAAUAAAAUGAAUAUACAUUUCAUGGACCGAAAAUAUUCUCUCAUUCUAAAUGGAGAAACAUUGACAGGUCAAAGGGUACAGACAAAACGAACCAUGUGGAAAUACAUGUGUAGGUUUACAAAAAAAAAAGAAAUGUAUUAAUGUGAUGUUUUAAAUUAAAAUUCAUUCAAACAGCUAUCUUUAUGUUUUUUUAUUUUUAUUUUUAAAUAGAAUUAGGCAUCAUGGUUUGAAAAUGUUUUAAACAAUUAGGUGUCGAAAAAAAAGACAAAAUGU